AUGUGGAGGUGGAUCUCCACGCUUCCCCUCCUCUGUUGCGGCGGGCGGGCCUCUUCCUCUUCCUCCUCCCCCCCUGUCCCCCCCAACGCGACCGCCCCCCACGCCGGGCCGCACCGCUGCGUGGGGAACAUCUUCAUCGUGAACUGCGUGGACCACCCCUUCAAACACGGCUGGGAGCUCAACCGCGUGCUGCGGGGGCUGCGGCUGGAGUUUAUGGGGCAGACCACCAUCCUGCCCGACAUUCCGCCCGUCCGCGCCGCGCUCUGGCGGGCCCGCGCGGUGGUCCGUGUGGAUGUGCUCGAUCUGGACGAGGCCAAGGCCCUCAUUGGGGUGCCCGAGCACAUCACUUUCUCUGACCUCGCCGCGCAGAUCCCGAGCACCUUCGGCCGCAUCGGGGGAAUGCCAAAUCCGCACAUACGGAGUAAGGUUCGGUUUAUGCAGCUCCGUACUAUGCGCCUGCGCGAUGUCCUGCAUCGAGACGCGCUGGAGAAGCGAUUGCUUGAGGAGAAACGAAGGCUGCACGCGCUUAAACAGCAAGCGGAUGCUAAGGAAGAGAAGUCAACUGAGGGGAGUGAACCGUCCGAAGAGUUCUCACACGACAGACUCAAGCAAUAG